CACACAAACAGCACUGAUCAGCAGCUCAUCCAUACCUCUCUCCAUGACCGCAGGUGGUGACGCCGUCUGUGCAUCGAGCUCCAUCACAUUCCUCCUGUCUGUGGCGGAUAGGAUGAGAGGAUGGCGCGGAGGAAAGAUGCUGAUGCUGAUGAUGCUGAUGCUGAUGCUGCUGCGGGCGGACAGAAGCUGAUACACGAGGAGGAGGAUGCAGAACUCUCCCUGGAAGAGAUUUUACAUCUGUACAAGCAGCCCAUCAAUGAAGAGCAGGCGUGGGCUGUGUGUUACCAGUGCUGUCGCUCUUUAUUGGAGAAAAAUCGCGGUUCUGAUGGCUUUGCUGGUUCCGAUGGCCCGGGAGAUGUGAGGAUUCAUAAAGAUGGAGCUGUGCGGUUACAUUCCGGAGGUACUCCUAAUACCCUUCGAUCGUCAACACAGGUGAUCGAGUCUCUCGGCAUUAUGAUCUAUAAGGCUCUGGAUUACGGCCUGAAAGAGAACGAGGAGCGUGAGCUGAGUCCUCCACUGGAGCAGCUCAUUGACCUCAUGACGAAUGUUGCCGACACAGAGAGCGACUCCUGCCCUGAUGAAGGCUACGCUGCCACUGAGGAAGAGGAGGAUGAUGCAGAGGAGAAUCUCGCCCAUCCCUGCCAUAUCCGCGGCUACCGUGACAUCAUCAAGCUGUGCACCCUUCACCUGCUGACCCCUGCAGACGCGCCCGCUCACUAUCAGGCCGUGUGCCGAGCUCUCUACGCCGAGACCAAAGAGCUCCACACCUUCCUGGAUAAGAUCAAGAGUGCCAAAGAGAACCUGCUCAAGAUGGAGGGCGGCACAAUCGACGAUCCGGGCAGGGAGCUAAACGAGUUGCAGAAUGCUGAUUGGGCGUGCUUCUGGGUGCAGGUCAUGCGAGAUUUGAGGAACGGUGCGAAGCUGAAGAAGGUUCAGGAACGGCAGUUUAACCCGCUGCCGAUCGAGUUCCAGCUGACGCCUUACGAGAUGCUCAUGGACGACAUUCGCGCUAAACGCUACAAACUACGCAAGGUCAUGGUGAAUGGAGAUAUUCCUCCCAAGUUAAAGAAGAGUGCUCAUGAGAUCAUUCUGGAGUUCAUCAGGUCCAGACCUCCCCUCAACCCCGUAGCGGCACGCAAGCUCAAGCCACAGGCUGAACAUCCUCCCAGCCUUCAUGAACGCAUUCUUGAGGAAAUCAAGUCAGAGAGGAAGUUGAGACCCGUAUCGCCCGAUCAGAUCCGGAGGAGUAGAUUCGUAAUGCGACCUCUUAGCAUGUCUCAGAGUUUUGAUUCAUCAGAUGUGUCACCUUCUGACAGUGCGAGGAAAGCCUCCAGCACGCUGUCGUUGGGCAACGGCGUGUCGCUUCAGCAGAACAGCUCGGGCGGCUUUCAGAGGAAACGGCUUCAAGCACCGACGCUGUCUGAACUCGCCAGCUCAGAUUCAGAUGAUGAGACCGUAGGUCAAAGGUCAGCCAGCUGUUCCAGCAUGUCUACAUCGAUGGUUGACGACACAUCACCAGAAUCUGUCUUGGGAAAAAAGACUCCGCCCAUGUUCCUGCCCAUCUCAUCCACCCCGCAGCCAGAGCGACGGCAGCCUGCCCAGCGGCGGCACUCUAUAGAGAAGGAAACGCCCACCAGUGUGCGCCAGUUCCUGCCACCUUCCAAAAAAAGCUCCAAAUCUUUAGAGGAAUUUCUUUACCCGGUCGAGUGUCUGACUCUGACGGUCGAGGAAAUCAUGCACAUUCGGCAGGUUUUGGUCAAGGCAGAACUGGAGAAGUUUCAGCAGUAUAAAGACAUCUACAACGCUUUGAAGAAGGGGAAGUUGUGCUUCUGCUGUCGGACGAAAAGAUUUUCCUUCUUCACGUGGUCGUACACCUGUCAGUUUUGUAAAAGGCCCGUGUGUUCACAAUGCUGUAAAAAAAUGCGUCUGCCAUCGAAGCCCUACGCCAGUCUACCGAUUUACUCACUGGGCCCAUCCACUUCCACUCUCAAACGGGAUACAGCGUCCCACAAACCAGAGAAGCCCAGCACGAGCCAUCGUCGCCCCAGCCUGCAGAGAACUAUGUCCAGAUUAUCGAAGCAUACGCGACAGUCGUCCUCAUCACAGGAGGAGAUGGAGUUUCCGAAAGAGCUGACGGAAGACUGGAACGCCAUGGAGGUUUGUGUCGACUGCAAGAAGUUCAUCUCUGACAUCAUCGCGUCCAGCAAGCACAGCCUCUCUCUGGCCAACAAGCGUGCUCACUUUAAACGCAAGACUCAGUCCUUCAUCGUGUCCUCUGAGAAGGGUGCAGAAUACCGUCCGUCGGAUAGAACAAUCCAUGAGGUUUAAACACGCUCGGUAUAGAUUUGGACGGGUUAAUCGAGAGAUCGGUCUGUUGUACGGAGCCAAUAAACUCUUAUCGGCGUGUAGCGGUUCUUUCGUGCACUCAAAGACGUGGUUAGUUUUCUAUUUUGUGCUGUAACUAAUGUACAACGUGACUUUCUCUGUAUCUGCUGUCUUCAUACAGGAAGGACGUGUAGUUUGUUAAAGUCAACAUGAAAUUACAUUUGCGACCCAUUUUACUUGCAGGGUUCCCAGCUUGUGCUACAUGUACUAAGACAUAGUAAUGUUCGGGACUCGGGAUGGGUGUCAAAUACACAAAUAAGUAUCGUUUUGUCACUGCUGGCGGCGUUGCAUUGUGGAACAACAUCAACGGUUGACUGUCAUGAACGAAGCCCUGUCACGUAGUCAAUGAUGAGGGUGGAACGCUGAUUUGUUUAACUUUGAUUGGCACUUUGGAGCCAAUUAGGGGCGGAUUGGCUAUCGGGAGAACCCAGCGGGCUGGUGGGUCGGCAGCGAAACGGGCCGCGAUAAGCUAAAAUGAGCCGCCAUGUUAUACAUAACGGACCACAAAACGGCCCCGCGAUAUGCAGAAAAGGCCAGUUGCUAUGUAAAAUCCCAGGCCGAUUUCUCUUCCCAGUCCAGCCCUGCGGAUCCCGGAUGGUCCCACUGUGGUGACCCCUUAUGGGAGCAGCUGAAAGAAGAAUUAUUAUUUAAUUACAUUUAAUUACGGUAAACAUCACAUUACUAUACUAUACUUUUUUCGCCAUUUCAUGCAUCCAUUUAAAUCUCGCUUUUAUUUUUUGGAUAAAUACUUUGCUACAUUUGAUUUAAUUGAAUAAAUAUAUAGUCUGUAUGUGCUGCACACUUCAUAGUGCUCUGCUCUCUGUCUUCUAUUAAAGACACACACAAGAGCGCGUGUGAUGAUCAUGAGGUGUUUUUUGUGUACGAGCGACCGGCUUCACACAUUCAUUUUGAAGCGUUCAGCACAUGCAGAUUAUAUUUUUAUUAGGGCUGUCGAUUUAACUUGUUAAUUCGGUGCAAAUAAUUAUAUAAAAAAGAAUGCAUAAAAGAAAUGCAAUUAAUCAUGUCCUCGGACCGUAAUAAGGACUAGUUCUUCCAUAUAAGUCAUUCAAGCUUCUCCAGGGGGCAGUAAGCGAAACGCAGCUUAUACAGAGAACAAACCACACUUACUGACAGCAGACGACACAAGAUGAAAACACGUUCUUGUGUUCAAACAAAGUGCAAAUCCGAACACAGUGAUCUCAAGAUUUGUUUUUCUAUGUUUCAAUCUUAAUUUAACUUGACACAGCGGCCCAAAAACGGUAAGUUUAUGAUGCUACACUACCGAGACGCUCCAAUAGCAUCCAUCUGACGCAGGUAUACAUUGAAGGCCGAUGAUUGGCUUAUGUUCAUUUAUAUGGAGUUAGAGUGACUCCAGUCAGGUCUCCUAAGCAACCGGUUGGCCCGGUUGCUAGGGAGGGUAGAGUCCCAUUGGGGUAACGUCCUCAUGGUCACUAUAAUGUGGUUCUCGUUCUCGGUGGGGCGUGUGGUGAGUUGUGUGUGGAUGCCGUGGAGACUAGCGUGAAGCCUCCACAUGCUCCACAUCAAGAAGCCGUGUGAUGAGAUGCACGGACUGACGGUCUCAGACGUGGAGGCAACUGAGAUUCGUCCACCAUCACCUGGAUUGAGGCGAGUCACUACGCUACUAUGAGGACAUUGGGAAUUUGGCAUGCUAAAUUGGGGAGAAAGAAUAUAAUAAUAAUAAUAUUGACCAUAAUAUGCAAUAUUAAACAAUAUAUUGCAUUCUAAAUGCACUUUUUGUAUUAUCUUUUUGAAAGCGUCA